AUGGCGACAGUUACUCGGCCGGAACAAUUUCGAAAAUCGUUUCAAAUAAAAAACAAAGUGGUACGUAAUACGCUUGCGGAAUUAGCUGGAACUUUUCUACUUUUAUAUAUCGGUGAAAGCAUCGAAGCACAAUAUUUCCUCUCGCGGCAAAAAAUGAAUACUUUCAUGCAUAUUAACUGGGGAUGGUGUCUGAAUAUAAUCGUUGUCGUGCAAACUGUUGCAAAACUAUCUGGAGGACAUUUGAAUCCAGCCAUUUCUCUUAUGUUAUUCACGUUUGGCGAGAUAAACGUGCUGGAGCUCGCGCUAUAUUGUACCGCUCAAAUCACGGGAGCCUUCUUUGGCGCUGCAGCCACUUAUAUCACCUACAUCGAUGCGAUCAAUGAAUUUGAGGGGGGACCCAAUCUCCGUACAGUCGUCGGCCCUAAUAGCACAGCUGUUGUGUUUGCCACAUAUCCUAAAUUAUUUGUUUCGAUCAGUGGAGCUUUACUAAAUCAGAUUGUUUCAACGGGGCUGUUAGGCUUCUUUGUGGCAGUUGGUAUUGACGACCGAAACAAGAUUCCCAAGGUAGCAAGACCUGCAUUCUUUGGUAUAGUCGUCGCAUUGAUUGGACACGGAUUUGCAUGGAACUGCAGUUAUCCGAUUAAUCCCGCUAGAGACUUUGGACCUAGGCUUUUCACAUUCUUCAUUUACGGAUCGGAAGUUUUCACCUACCCGUAUUCUACUUGGUGGUUACUACCAGUCAUCGGUCCAUGUAUUGGAGCAGUUCUUGCUGGGUGGUUCUAUCAUUUUGCCUUCGGAUUUCAUAUACCAGAUGAAGAGAAUACUGGUCAACUGAAACUGAAAUAUAUUAAAAACUGUGGAAAUGAUGAAAAGGGUGAAGAUUAUGUGAAAGUCAUUGCUGCUAAUAAGUGA